GCGACGUCAGUUCCGGAGAGAGUCCUCUCGGCGCCACGUUGACAGAAGAAGACGCGAGUGCUGCAAACUCCACAGACACAGGGUUUGCAGAGUGAAACUUCAGCACCGAGACCCCAGCCUGCUCUCUGCACAAAGCGGGGGUUUGUGCAAACCACCCCGUUCAUGCCGUGCACGAGUUUUGGGCUCCAGCUUGUGCGGCUGCACCUGUACAGAUUCAUUUCUGCAUACCUGCGCGGAGGCGCACACCUGGGACAGCUGCUGCAGAGACGCGUGUCUCUCGGGUGGUGUUUGGUACUAGUCUGGAUACGGGGGAGCAGAUCAUUACAGUAACAAGCCAUGGUCAAGGUUGUCGGCUCAGAUCUGCAGCGGCGGAACAGCUGUGAGGAGAAUCUCCCUGGAUACUCUGUAAAAGAACCUGCUGAUGGCGACGGCAAGGAGCACCCCGUGACGGAGCCCGGAAUGAUCUGGAAGGUGACUGGUGGCCUCUUCAGUGCCACCAAGGGGGUGGUGGGAGCCACUGUUGGGGGCGUGGCCUGGCUGGGGGGGAAGGGCUUCGAGAUGACCAAGUCAGCUGUGACUGCAGUGCCCUCUGUGGGCGUCGGCCUGGUGAGAGGGGGCGCGUCUGCUGUGGCUGGGGGCGUGACCACCGUAGGAUCAACGGUCGCCAGCAAAGUGCCAUUCAGAGCGAAGCGCAAAGACAAGUCAGAGUGAGGAGCUCCCCGAGAUAUAGCCUGAACAAAUCAGCCAGUGAAAGAAAAACUGAAAUAAAUACAUCCUAGGUCUGGAUCAGUAUACAAUUAUUUUAUAUACAGUGUUAAGUUUUAUUUAUAAAGAUGUAUGAUUACACAAUUAUGCCAUCACGAGUUAGUGAACUUUUGGAGAUUAUUGUGUUUUCGUUGUUUGUUUUGUGAACACACUUGCAUGAUCAUAGUGGUUCACAGUGUGAGAUGUUUGUGCAAAAGGUCUUUUAAGAUUUCCAGCCUGGCAGAUCUGUCAGGAAUCCUUGUGGUCCACUGAACACGAUGACCCAGGUUUCUAUGCACACCAGACUCUAACCCUGGUUGACACAGCCUUUCCAGCACCUCAACUUAUAUAAGAACAAGAUUCAUUUAAAGAACCAGCGCCUGGAAGAUGAGAAUUUAUGCUUAGGUUGUGUAUUUUUUGCAGAAAUGAACUUUUGCACGUUUUUCCUGCAUUGUUCUUAAGGCAGGAGCCAUCUUUAAACUACGCUCUCUCAUAUUCAUCAAACCUGAUUGUGCUCAACCCUGAACUUGUCUAGAGAUGUGACCCUCACAGGAAAGGGGAAACAACUUCCACAGUAAAGAUGUUUAAACUCCUGGCUUGUGCACCCUUGUCCUUUAUAAAGUAAUUGAGAGAUGGCAGUGAGGUGUUUUGUAGAUUAUAUUUAAACUUGAAAGUCAAUGCAAGUUGAAAUGUAGGGGUAGCCAGCUCUAGCCAUGGUGUCUCUUAUUGAGUCCAGAAUCGCGUUUCUGUAGCAGCAGCAUCAAAUAUAUUUUCUGUAAGCUGUAUUCAGUAAUAAACAUUUCUUGGUUGAA